AUGGAUACGACAUCCCCCUCUCCUUUCAUUGUCUCAAGACAAAUCAUUGCAACAACCGCUAGCAAAAACAUAACCUGCUAUUAUUCUGGCAAAAAGGAAGAAGUGCAUAUUUUUGCAAUCUUGACUAUGGUUUUUUGUUUAUUGGGAAUGUUGGGCAAUGGCCUUGUGAUCUGGUUCCUGGGCUCCUCCGUUAAGAGGAACACUUUUGCCAUUUAUAUUAUCAACCUCUCUGUUGCGGACUUUGGUUUGCUCACCUUUGAGCUGAUUAUCGAAAUCCACUGGCUUUUUACACAUUUGUAUUGUGACUUUCCCGUCGAACUCUUCCAAACAGGCCUGCUGUUAAUGUACAGUGCGGGGCAAUUUCUCCUGACAGUCAUCAGCAUUGAUAGGUGUGUUUCAGUCCUCUUCCCAAUUUGGUAUCGAUGCCACCGGCCGGUGCAUAUGUUUCCUGCUGUGUGUGCAGUUAUCUGGGCCAUUUCCUUCAUCCUCUCUUCAAUUUACUUCACAAUUGGAAGUGUUCAUAAAUAUAAACUGAAAUAUCGCCUGAAAUAUCAGUUCUUUGUUAAUGCUGUGCUUUGUCUCCCACUUAUGACCAUCUCCAGUGUCACCUUGUUUAUCAAAAUCUGCUUCAUAUCCAAAAUCCAAAGGCGGAGGAAGCUUUUGACAGCUGUCUUGCUCACACUUUUCUUCUUUUUAGUCCUGGCUUUUCCACUAAAUGUCUUUUAUUUUAUCCGGUAUUUUUCAACGUAUAUACAUCCCAACAUUCUAUAUUAUGGCUACUUGUGUAUCUGCAUUAACAGCAGCAUUAACCCUCUGAUCUAUUAUCUAGUGGGGAGACAGAAGGGUAAAACUCAGAGAAGCAUCAAGGACUUGCUUCAGAAACUUUUCAAGGAGGAAGAAAAUUGUACUAAUCAAAUGGAAACUUCAGAAGGUGCCACGAUCUGAACUCUUUAAUUUCACCAUUGUCAUCCAUAAGAAAUAAUCAUUUCUUUCCAAGCAAGCCCAUAAUUUAUUUAUUUUUAUUUAAUGGAAACUGAUCUCUAUACUGAUUAAUGUGUGUGUGAAUCCACAAUUUGUGCAGACAAUUAUCUUUGUGCAAUAUCAAAACAUUUCUCAAGUAAUCUAUUUACCUAGUAUCUCCAAUCUGAUGAUUAAUUAGCUUGUUUU